CGCUUCCCUGUGGAGCUGCUGUGCUGCUGUGCAAAGCUCCUGGAAAAAUAGCCAGAGAUUCUUGUACAUGCAGAGCAUACAAACAGGCAAGCCGUGCUCACUGAUCAGAACAGCUCUCAUCAUUUAUAGGGAACAAGAUAAUACAGGCUGUUCCUCCCAUCCCUGGGCUGAAGAAAUGUGCUAGGAUAUUUGGUCAUCUCUCUGACUAUUGGAUUUACAGUAACACCCUAGUUCUAUAUGAAGAAUUUUCAGACAAGGUCAAUAUCAGCCUUUCCCUUGACCGAUUUGGACUAAAGGUUUGGGAAAUCAGAAUCUUAACUGAAUAUAAAUCCACUUGGGCUUUCAACAUUCAACAGCUCUGCCUGGAACAUCUUGCUAAACGAAGGAAAUUCCAUGGGGACUGUACCAGAUCCUCAGGGGUCUGCCAAAAGUACAUUGGUAACCUCUCCUGUGGAGAAAGAUUGUUCUGCAUCUGAUACACUUCACCAACUUACCCAAGGAGCCUUAGAAAACAAUGGCAGUGUUUUUUCUGUUUCUGAAACUUGCCCUGCUAAUUUAAUUUGCAGUAGCAAUAUGACAAGUGAGCAAGAAAGACAGGAAUCAGGCAGUGGAAUAUCUUCCUUUAGGACUUGUAAUGAAUUAGAAUUAUUGCCUCCAUUAGUACCACAAGCCAUAAAGGACUCUGCUCAGCCUAUCUCCACUAUAAAAAAUACGUAUCUUUCCACAGAUGGGAAUGCAGUAUUGUUAAGUAAAGCACAGUUGUCUUUGUUAGAUGAAAAAACAGCUAAUGAUGAAAAAUCAGUAAAAGAUAACACUUUGGUAGCUCCUUUAGUAUCAGCGGAAGCAGGUAUGCAAGUAAGCAGUGACUUUAAAAACAAACCUUUAGUUGAAAGUGAACCGGAUAAAGGACUUGACAGCUUGCUUCAAAAUAAGGAAGCAGACCCAUCUUUGCCAUCUUUGCCAACCCACAAAACAGAAAGCAUUAACAGUGGCACACAAAACGCUUCUACAAUUAUCGAGUCAGAAGGAGUCAUAACAGCUGAAGGAGAAUCUACAAAAGAUUCUAUAACAUCAAAUGAAUGUCACAAGCUGAGCUUUGAAAAAGAUAAGAUAAAAAAAGAGAAUGAAGAAGUAGAAACUGAUCCACCGUUGCCCAGCAGAUUUAAGGAAAUGGGCACAAUGACUUCAUUUAGUCUGGAAAACUGGACUACUCAAGAUGCUGAGGUUCAGGCUGUUGCAAAUGUUGAGAACAAGUCUGUCUCAACCAGUCCAAGCAUCUUAGCUGCAUUUCUUAAGGCAAAUUCUCCAGCCCUCAAAGAAAGACAAGAACAAGUCUGUAUAAUUUAUCAGGGUAACCCUGGUGCCAGCCAGUUGGAUCGAGCAAACUUUGCUUUGCAGGCGCAGCUUUCACAAAACCAGCUUGCCCCAAAAUUGUGCUUUCAAGCACCAGAUGCACUAAGUUCACAGCCUCUUCAAAUGCAUACUAAAAGUCCACCAGACUUAGCACGACCUACCUUUCAGCACACAGAAAUAGGCAGAAAUUCCCAGAUAUUGUAUAGAAAUGAAAUAGAAGGACAAGGGCUCUGUUUUCGAGAAAUGCCACAGAUGCAAAUGGCAAGCCCUUCUCCUAUUUUAAUGAAUGUGAAACCUGUUUACCAAAUCAACAUAGAGAACAGUGCUCAGCCAAAACCUAGAACAAUGGACAUGUACAGUGAGCCUUCACAUUUUAGAGCUCCUGAAAUCAACAACAAAUCCAGACUUCACCAUUUAAGUGGAGUAGAAAAUAUUCAGUUGCAUAACAUCCGUUUAGAUAAUGAUCAGACAGAUACUCUUAGUAUUCCUGGAGAUGAUAGCACAGACCGAAAACCUUUUCAUUUCAAAAUUACAAAUGAGCAGGGUUCUACACAAGCUAUCAUAACAACAGAUAUAAAAAAGCCAAAGAAGGAGGACAAACCUACUCCUCUUCAUGUGGAAGUGGAAGUAAACACUAUUGGAGCUACUGGAGGUCAAGCAGAUGAAAUACUUGAAGUCUUGGUAAGAAAGGACCAGGAUGACAAUGGACUUGCUGGUAAAAGGUCUAGCAGUUUUAGUUUGCAGACCAGGCCUGCUUCUGACAUGAGUGCAGGACAUCUGACACCACGCCUCAGAAAAGCCAGAGAGGAAAAAAAUGAACCACUUCUGGUCACCUUAUCUACCUCUGAACAGCCUAAGCCACAUGGCAAAAAAGCAACUCCACCAAGUUCAAAUGCUGAAGCAAAAAGUCAAGUGAAACAGACAAAGAGUGUGAAAGAUGUUGUUUGGGAUGAACAGGGUAUGACAUGGGAGGUGUAUGGUGCUUCUAUGGACCCAGAGGCAUUAGGGAUUGCUAUUCAAAAUCAUCUUCAAAGACAAAUCAGAGAACAUGAGAAAAUGAUAAGGGCACAACUAAAGCAAAACCGUAAAUCAAUUUGCUCUGAUUCUUCAGGGAAAAAGCAUAAAAGAAGGCAGCAUAGAGUGUUUCAGUCUAUACUUAAGAACUUUAGACGACCAAACUGCUGUGCCCGUCCUCCCCCUACUUCUGUGUUAGACUGAAUACUUUUAAAAUAACGAAAAACUGAAUUUCAGAUUCUCCUAAAAAUAUACUUUGCAAAAAUAUUUCUGUUUUUUUAAGAAUGUUAUAAGUGAAUUUCAUUUUACAAUUGUAACUAAUUAGGAUGAGUUAAACGUCACCCUAAUUUUGUAAUGCAAUACACAGUUUUAUUUGUUGUCUGUGUUGGAAUUGGGUAUAUAUUCCAUAGCACAUGAAAUAAUAUAAGCUACUGUUUUUCCAUAAACAGCAAUGGGUAGUGGUUUUGUAAAUGAAGACUUUUAUGAUUUUGUAAGUUCUUAUUCAAAAUGAAAUUAAGACACAGAAGUGGAUGUAUUCCCAUAUUUGAAUAAGAUCAAUCCUGCAGUAAAAAAAUGUAUUUAGUAAGAUACAAUGCCAAUAACCCUUAUCACUUGAGCCUUCCUAGUAGUAGAAUAUUAUUAGAAAAUGAUUUAGCAUUGCAUGACAAUUUAUUGUGUAAAAAAGGAAUAUAGCUUACAAAUGUGUUUAAUGUUUCUUCUACAGAGGGAUGUCACUUUAUUCUGCCCUGGAGCAGAAAUAAGCAUUAUCAUAAAACCCUAUUGCAGAUUUUUCUUUUUUGUUCUGGAAAUUGAAUAUUACACUACCACACAUCUCCUACAUGUUAGCUUUGUGCAAUGUGAUUUAAAAAACUCAACAAAAGUGCCAGUAUAUUUCUCUGAAUUCAUUGUCCAAGUCCAAACACCUAGACAUAAGCUCAGUUUGAAGCACAUUAUUAAAUGUGUCAGUAUUAACUAAUGGUUAUUUACCAAGAUAGCCACUUACUUUUAUAUCUAUAGUGGCUGUUAGAAAAUUGCCAUGCUAUUGAGUGUUCUAUUAACUGCCUCAUUUACCCAUCCAUACUUCAUUUGGUGUCAGACAACUCCCCCUAGACCAUUAGGCCAUACUCACUACUGGCUCCUUGUUUGUGGGCAGCCAGAGAUAAUAGGACCUUAGACAAGAAUAUAGUGGGCAUGUACAAAAAUCAGUGCAGUUUUAGAUACUAGAAAACUCAAUAACUUUUGCUUGACCAACAAAAACAUACAAUGCUGAUGUAGCUGCACUGUAUAAUCGCUAACUGUGCAGGGAAAUCUCCAUAAUUUCAAAAAAAUACCUUGGGGUAUGGGAACCAUAGUUAGGAUGAAAAUUGCAAAAAGGAUCAGUAUUGACCUUUUCUAUGUCUACAUGAGGAUUGUACAAACUAGUAACACCAUCACAGAAGUGAGAAAAGCAGAAAAAAUAUAAUCUUUUAUCUUUUUAUACUGCCAUUAAUAAAUAAUGAAAUAUGUGAAGGUAUAGUGGCCCUUUAACCGACUGUGUUGUGGAAGGAGUUCACUGAGCUAUUGUUAGUCUGAAAAUGUGUUACAGUGCCACUGAGUAUGGCUGAAAAGAGUUAUUUAAAAGCAGACAGAAAUUUGAGCACAUCCAAUGACAAACCUAAGGCAUCAAAUAUUCAAAUAAAUAUUGAGUAUAGUGCAAACACAAUAUUCCUUUGGCAAAAAAACCUUACCACAGAUGUAUAAUAGUUAUUUUUAUAUAGAUAUUUAUAUCUAGAAUAAGACUAAAACUCCUGCUUUACUAUUUAGGCAUUGUGCAUUCAAAAUACAAGGUCGCUGUCAUUUUCUACAAAUUCUUUUUACAGCAUUUUAAGUACAAAUUGUGACAAAGCACAUGCGAAAACUAAAAAGAUUUUUACCACUGUUAUAGAAAGAUUAAAAAAAAAGUUAGAAGCACAAACUCAAGGAAACCUGAAAAUCAAACAAUGAGGCAAGACUGGCUUCAUAACAAUCUAUAUAUAUAUAUAUAUAUGUAUAUAGCAUUAGAAAACUAAUACUCCCGUUAGCUAUUUGCACAUGUGGAACCUUGAUCAUCUUUAUAAAUAAAUUACUCUUUUUCUUUUAGGCUGGGAAGAUUACAAUAAUCACCUUAACUGUUGAUCCUUUAAGCAUAACAUCAUGAUGCAAUGCUUGAUAGCAAUUAAAACUGAACUUUUGAAUCCACUUAUGAGAUCUAGUCUAUUUCAGCACAAGAAAAUGCAGUUUUGAGUACAGAAUUAGUGCUAUAUAAGUUAAACAUUAAAUGUAUACAUAUAUACGGAGUGCAAAACAAUAUAUGGAUUAUUUUAUAGAAGACAGACAUCUAUUUGAUCUGGGAUUCUGUCUACUUAUACAAUAUUUAUAGCUAAUAAAUAAAUUCAAACUUUUUUAUUUUUUAGAUUUUAAGUUAUUGUAAAUGAAAAGAUGUAGACAUCAAUAAGUUUUUUUUUCUAUGCUGCAUUCGAUAUUAUCUACUACAAAUAUAUUAAAGGAAGCCAACUGUAAAUAAAAAUGCUUGACAUGCAGAUUGUUUUCCAUUACACUUAUCAGCUGUCAGUAUGUGCUUCCCAUACCCAUCCACAAUACAAUAAUAUUGGCAUCUGUUUUCAAAAUUAAUGUAGGAUAAAGCGUAUUUGAUCUGUGAGUCUCUGUGCGGUUGUUGUCUUUCAAUUAUUGUAGUAUAAAAGCCCUGGAAAUUCUCAUUUCUAAAUUCAAAGUAUUAAAAAAAGAAAAAUGAAAAAAAGAAAUGUAACAUUCACUUUUUUAAGAUAUUACUUUACUUACCACCAUCAGUGUUACCACAAUGUAAUAGCAAAAGGAUAAGGUUAAUCUGGGUUACUGUUUUGUAUAAUCAUGUCUACAUGAAGUACCAAAAUUGAAAAGUUUGCCUUCAUAAUUCUGAAUCCAUGAAAAUAGUGUGUUUAGUAAUGUAAUUAAUGGGUACCUACUUAAACAGAUGUAAUUUACAUGAAAAAAAAGAAUGUCCUUGUGUGUGUCGAGAAUUAUAGAUAGGCGUUCCAGUACAUUACAUGUAGGCAUUAUUUCUGAUUAAAUAAACAUUAUCUGCCACACUUCUCAAACCGCAUACCUUGGCCAUAAUUGCUCAUUUCUGGUUUUAUCAUAGUGGUUUGUAAGCAUUCUGCCAAUACAUCUGGAAAUGACAAAUGCACUUAUGUGUCAAGGAUCUGUAAUAAAUAUGUAUAAUUAUUAAAGCAAUCUACACAUUC